AUGAGAAAAAUGAUCAGCUCGACUUUCCGAAAAAAUAACCCAAAAGCGACUCCAGCAGAUGGAUGCUCCGGCACCGGUUUCUACGUUUGGUUCGGAUUGCGGCGUGUGGAUGGGAAGAGGACGUACAGUGAUGGAACUCCGGAUGAUUACGUUAGGACGGAAGAACCAAGCACAAGAAAUAGCUAUCUUAUGAUGUGCUAUGAGGCGACAGACAUCGACCAGACAAAGAUUUUCUACUAUUCAACAGAAAAUAAUCGAGGGAAUGCACGAUAUAUCUACCAGAAACCGGCCAACAAA